AAUGUAUGGCUUAAAUCACAAACAGAAGCCAUCCCGUACAAGGCCAAUGUCUUGGCAACCACAAGCUGCAGUCUCAGUCCCCUCUGCCACAGCUAACAAUAGGUCUAGAUCUAGUAUAGCCCAUGAAAACAUGACAAAAAGCCAAAUGUCUUCUGAACCAAUGGCUCAAAGAGACGUGUAUAGGCUGGCUGAGACAAAUUUUAGUGGUACGCAAUCUAUGAUGGACGUACGACGAAUGGAGCAUUAUGCUAAUCAGUCGUACACAUCCUCUUCGGCUUUAUGGAAUAGCCAACGAUCAUAUAGACCAGUUCAAUUUGAUCAGCCCAAGAAAAGGGAGGAUUUAGCUAGAUCUAGUCCCGAUUUGAGAUUAGAGGAUCUUGAACCCCCUCCUGUACCAAUUCGAAAUCACUCGCUGAAUCAUACUAAUCACGAGCGUCAACAAUCCUGGCCUGUAGGUCCAAAUCAGAGGCAGUUCCACCCCAGAUUGGAAACCCACUCUGAAGUGGAUUCCAGUAUAUUAGACGAGGUAUUGUUGGAGAAUAGAAAGAAAAUAGAAAACAGAGAAGGUCUGCGUCAUUCUGAUGUUCGAAAUAUACAUGAAAAUUCUCAAGCCAAUCAAACGGCCAUGUUAAGACAGUUGACAAGGAACAUUUAUACAGACUAUAUUAAUGCCGAGUCGAUUACGGAUAUGAAUAGGAAGGCAGUAGCGCGAGCAAGCAUGAAAAGGGCUUACGGAACCCAAGAGGAUAUAGAUACAAGACGAGUAUUACCGCUCUCGUCAAGCAGACGUUCAUUGGGUGUCGAUCAAGCCAGAGCACCCGAUUCGCAAGUUAAGGCUACUGUAACCAGAUCUACGUCAGAAACGAAAUUGACAAGAGAACAGAGAUUUGAAGCGGCCAGAAGAGAUCAUGAAGAGAUUAUGGAAAGAGAAAAAAUGAAAAGAGACGGAGAACAGAGACUCAGAGCGCCAAAACAUCAUAAAAGAAGCGAUCCUGGUGCAGCUCGAAAAUCGUCAUCAAAUAAUCACGAAUUUUCAAAGUCUGAUCCAGUUGUUCAACAUCCACUAACUGUGGAAACACGGCAAAAACGUCUUUCGUCUUCUUCUUCCAAACGAUCUUCUAGAUCGUCCAAAAAUUUCGAAGAUUCAACACCUUCGGAUAAUGGAAAACAACUUCCCUAUUUAGAAACUCACCUACCAUCCUCUCCAUUGGAUAAGUCAUUUUCUUCUUCUUCAACGAACGCCAUAUCCCCCCACGUUCCGGAAGCAGAUUACGAGCAGGAACAGUCUAUUAGGCCUUCACAGUCUGUACCGGGUAACCUGCAACCUUCCCAACCGCCAUCUUGUCUAAACAUGAAUCCUGCAGUCAGCUCGAUGCUUCUACAAAAAAAUAGCGAACAAGUUAAUUCAAGCGCAGAUGAAGAAAAAAUUCCGCCCAUUCCUCCUCGAAAUUAUAGGAAUUACGAAAAUCCUUACAUCGAAAAAUCGACCUCGAAAAUCCAAAAUGAAAUACCUAAGCAGAUGGCCGCUUCCCGUGCACCAUAUUUGAUUGAAAAACCAUUUGGCCUAUCUACAACGAAUAUUCGACCUGAAAUAUCUGAGUUGGACUCGAAACUAUUAAACACCUUUCUAGACGAUGAACAGGAUGACAGUCUACAUGAUUAUAGUGCCCAAUUAAGAAGGAGUGCAAAAUAUUGUGUAAUUACCUCGAAAAAACCGGCUCAAGCACAUAAUAAUCCUUCUAUUUCUAUUCCUCAAUCUACUAAUGUUUCUUCAAUUACCAACAUAGCUACAGUUACUCAAUCAAAUAGCUCUGCUCCCCAACCCCUGAGAAAGGAGAAUUAUUUUCAAAAUUGCAUGAAUUUGGCCGCCACUAAGGAAUCUUCUCCAGAAUCCAUAGCGACAACAACACCGUCCACAAUUCCACCUAAUAGUUCAGUAACUGAUACGUCACCGGAAACGUCAGAGCCACCCCCUCUACCACCACCCAUGGAUGAGUUACCUUCAUCGCCUUCACGACAAGAUAACGAAUUAACAGUGAGAAAAUUAUCGUUUGAUUCUCCGGAACAUUGUGCAAACAGUCAAAGUUCAAACCUUGUUAUGGACGAAUCAAAACCUCCGCAGAGGAAACAAAAUGCUGGAUCUUUUACAUUCAAGUCAUCCGUUCAACCAGUUUUACCCGACAGAAGAAAUUCACGAAGUGAGAUAGAGAUGCCACAUAUAGAGGAGAAAUCGAGACAGAUUGUUCAUCCAUGGCAAUCUAAGCCUAAAGAAAACGGAGAAACGGAAGUUAACUUAAAAGAUACAACCGAUUCGAAUCCAAAGGUCAUUAAAAAAGAUCUAAAACUUCGUCAGAGAUCUAAGGAGGAAGUUGAAUGUGAGCAGCACAUAGCCGCUGUUAUUAAACGAGCCGAGCGUGAUGGAUUAAAUGUUCUCUCAAAGAGUUUAGAAAUAUCCAAAUCUUUGGCAGGAGAUGUUCUAGCAUCUAUUGUAUCGCCAGAACUAUCACAAAGCAUCAAAGAUCGAAGAAAAUUAACCAUCAACUCGCCAGCGGCCAUGUCUUUCCUUAACUCUACAGAGUCCAUACAAUCACUUUGCUCCCAUGUCGUCGAAGUUGUGGUUAGGAAGAUAUCGUCGUUAGAACGUCAAAUUAAAGAUAUCGAAGAUGCUAUUAUACUCAACAAAAGCGCAACUGACAACUUAAUAAGAGAAUUCGAAGAAAAUCUGAUCUGUUCAACUAGAGCUAAAUCGCAUCUUCAGAGUGUUGAUAGAGUAAUAAAUGUCGCCACAAUGUUGUCGAAGAAGCUAUCCGCAGCCGAAGCCGCAGCAAUAGAGGAUUCUGGUGAAAAGAAACGACGCGAUGCAGCAGCAGAGAAAAUGGAUGAGGUUACUAUCUUAGCAGAAGAUUUAAGAACUAAAGGAUUACAGAGAGUAAAACAAGUUCUAGGUGCCCAUUACUCUGAGGAUACUGUGGAAAAGUUCGAACAGUGCAUUCAUGAAAGAAUAUUACUAUCCGUUCAUAAACAGCAAUUAAACGACGAAAUCGAAUUAUCCGAAUCGCAGCAAGUUGCUUUGGAGAACUGCUAG